GGCAAAUGGUGGCGGGCUGACGGGUCUCCUCCGCAGCCACCGCAUCCGAUGGCCACCUUGGUGCGCCGGCGCCACCGCGUCUGCUUCGGCCUCGCCGCGGCGAUGCUCCUCGCUCUCCUCCGCCCGCCGCUGGCGGCAGCCCAGUGGCGGUUCUGCGGGCAGAGCGGCAACUUCUCCGCCAACAGCACCUACCAAUCCAACCUCGCCCAGCUCUCCGCCACCCUCCCCAGGAACGCCUCCGCCGCCCGGACCCUCUUCGCUAAGGACAGCCUCGGCGCCGUCCCGGACAUCGUCUACGCGCUCGCGCUCUGCCGCGGCGACGUCGCCAACGCCUCCGACUGCAGGUCCUGCGUCCCCAACGGCUUCCAGGACGCGCAGCAGCUGUGCCCCUACAACAAGGAGGUGUUCAUCGCCUACGACCUCUGCUACCUCCGCUUCUCCAACCUCAACUUCCUCGCCUCCGCGGACAACGGGAGCCCCGUGAUGCUCAUGAGCCCGACGAACGCGAGCGCGCCGGCGGAGGUGUUCGACGCCGCCGCCGCCGUGCUCCUCAACGCGACGGCCGACUACGCGGUGGCGAAUUCGUCCAGGCUGUUCGCCACGGGGGAGGAGGCCUUCGAUCGAACGAACCCCACCAUCUACGGGCUGUGCCAGUGCACGCCGGACAUGUCGCUGACCGACUGCCGGAGUUGCCUCGGAGGCAUAAUCGCGUUCAUACCUCAGUACUUCAGCCGGAGGCAGGGCGCGAGGGUCAUUGGGCUGCGCUGCAACUACAGGUACGAGGUGUAUACUUUCUUUUCCGGAGGCUCGAUGCUGCGGCUUCCAGCGCCGGCGACGGCAUCGCCCCCGGCACCAACACCAGCAAACAUGACGCCACCGGCGUCCACAGCCACAGGAGGAAGAAAGAAAAAUAAAAGUGGCAUAGCCCUUGCAAUCGCACUGCCCCUGGUUGUUCUAUUUCUGGGUACGGUUGCCAUCUGUCUGUAUUUUCAAUUGUGGAGAAGAAGAUCAAGGCCAAAACGGCAACGGUCAUAUUCGAUUCCGAUGGCGGACGACAUUGAAACCGCAGAUUCACUUUUUUUUGAUCUAUCAGCACUACAUGCUGCAACGGGUAACUUUUCGGAGAGCAAUAGGCUUGGUGAAGGUGGAUUUGGUUCAGUUUAUAAGGGCUUCCUUCCUAGUGGUGAAGAGAUAGCUGUAAAGAGGCUCUCUAUGGGUUCAGGACAAGGAAUAGAAGAACUAAAGAAUGAGCUUGUUUUGGUCGCCAAACUUCAGCACAAGAAUCUUGUUAGGCUUAUUGGUGUUUGCUUGCAACAACACGAGAAAUUGCUCGUGUAUGAAUACAUGCCCAAUAGAAGUAUCGACACCAUUCUAUUUGAUCUUGACAAACGUAAGGAGUUAGACUGGGGAAAAAGAAUAGGGAUAAUAAAUGAAAUUGCCAGAGGAUUACAAUAUCUUCAUGAAGAUUCUCAACUGAGAAUAAUUCACCGGGACCUCAAAGCAAGCAAUGUUCUAUUAGACUCUAAUUAUACUCCUAAGAUUUCAGACUUCGGCAUGGCCAGACUGUUUGGGGGUGAGCAAACAAGGGAGAUCACAAGUCGUGUUGUUGGAACAUAUGGAUAUAUGGCACCAGAAUAUGUCAUGCGUGGGCACUAUUCUGUAAAGUCAGACGUCUUUAGCUUUGGCAUUUUGAUGAUAGAAAUUGUGACAGGAAGAAGAAGCGGUGGCUCAUAUUGCUUUGAUCAAUCAAAUGAUCUUUUAAGUCUUGUAUGGGAGCACUGGACAAUGGGAACGAUUCUGGAGAUGAUGGAUCCAUCUCUUACAAGCCAUGCCCCUCGAGACCAGAUGCUGAAGUGCAUCCACAUCGGGCUACUGUGUGUUCAAGAUAACCCAGCAGAGAGACCUAUGAUGUCAACGGUUAAUGUCAUGCUUGGCAGCAACACAGUGUCUUUCCAAUCUCCUUCCAAGCCAUCAUUUUUCAUUCCCAGGAGUGGCACAGACUCAAACAUAUACUCUGAAUCAUACCCACUAACUUCCCAGUCGACCCACAGGUCGGGAGUGAUAUCAGUUAAUGAUGUGUCAGUUACAGAGCUAGAACCAAGAUGAAGAAAUCUAAUCGCAAGAACAAUCGCAUUGCUAUCUGUCAGAAACGAACUUCAGGGAGAAGGCCUUAUGAAAUUUGUAUUACUGAAUUCUGAAUGCAUUUUUCCAUUGGUUCAGUCAAUAAAUUAUGUUUGGUUUAU